UCCUUUUUUAACUCGCUCAGAUGUCAAAGUGUGGAAGCUUGUGCAGUGAUUUGUUGAGCAUUCGCUGAUAGGAGGCGGAGUUUGAGUUUGAGUGUCGAUGUCACAACGUCAGUCCUUCACAGAGGCGUCCACAGUUCAGACUCAGGGGCUUGUGUGACAUAUCAAUCAUUUGUGAGACGCAGGUCGCUGUGCAGAGAUGGCCAUGGUUUGCCUGACAGACUUUGAGGAGUACGCGAAGGCGCAUCUCUCAAAGGCCACCUGGGAUUAUUACGCAGCCGGAGCAGACGAAUGCUGCACCAGGGACGACAACCUGCUGGCCUAUAAAAGGAUCCGUCUCCGGCCUCGUAUCCUGCGGGACGUGUCCAUGAGCGACACUCGCACCACGGUGCAGGGGACAGAAAUCAGCUUCCCAGUCGGCAUCGCGCCCACGGCCUUUCACUGCCUGGCCUGGCACGAGGGGGAGGUGGCCACUGCUCGGGCCACCGAGGCCCUCAACACCUGCUACAUCACCAGCACGUACUCCACCUGCUCGGUGGAGGAGAUCGUGGCGGCGGCGCCCAACGGCUACCGCUGGUUCCAGCUGUACGUGUACCGGGACAGGAAGCUGUCGGAGCAGAUCGUGCACCGAGUCGAGGCCCUCGGCUACAAGGCCGUGGUCCUCACCGUGGACGUGCCGUACACGGGCAAGCGCCGCAACGACAUCCGCAACCAGUUCAAGCUGCCGCCGCACCUCAAGGUCAAGAACUUCGACGGGGUGCUCCAGCAGGAGGCGGCAGGUCCGGAGGAGUACGGGGUACCGGCCAACACCUUGGACCCCUCCAUCAGCUGGAAGGACGUCUGCUGGCUGCAGUCCAUCACCCGCCUCCCCAUUAUCAUCAAGGGCAUCCUGACCAAGGAGGACGCCGAGCUGGCCGUGGAGCACGGCGUCCAGGGCAUCAUCGUGUCCAACCACGGGGGGAGGCAGCUGGACGGGGGCCUGGCCUCGAUCGACGCGCUGACGGAGAUCGUGGACACGGUGCAGGGCAGGAUCGAGGUCUACGUGGACGGGGGCAUCAGGACGGGAAGUGACGUGCUGAAAGCUCUGGCCUUGGGAGCCAAGUGUGUGUUCAUCGGCCGUCCGGCCGUGUGGGGCCUCGCGUACAAGGGGGAGGAGGGGCUGAGGGAGGUGCUGCAGAUCUUAAACGACGAGUUCCGUCUGUCCAUGGCUCUAUCAGGCUGCAGGAACGUGGCCGAAAUCAACAGGAACCUCAUUCAGUUUUCCAAACUGUGACGUGGCAGCAGGGGGCAGCACUGAGGACGACGUAACAAAAAAAAACAAACAAACAAACAAAAAAAGAGCUGAACUCUUCUGAAUCAAACAUUGGUGUUGAACAAAGGCCUGAGAUUUCAUCAGAGAUGUUUUAUCGUGCCGGGAAAUCACAGUGCGCGCAGCGUUGCAGACAACUUUGAAAGUAAAAAGGAUGUUUUCACGCCGUGACUGCACGAGUGAGUCCGGGUGAAGCCGAGGGGUCGGCGGCAGAUUUAGCAAGUGUUUAAAAUGAAUGUGUUUCUUGCUUUAGAGCUAGUAGGGAAGGAGCUGCUCAUUAUGUGUGAAUACAGCAGCAGGAGAUGGAAGUUCUGCCAGUGACUGAAUAAACAUCAGCUGAGAUGACAAAGA